AUGGGGCAGAAACCGUCAAAGAAGGCAACACCGCCGCCCGCGAAGGACCCUCUCGAGGAGCUGUUCGAAACGGCUGACGUGGACAAAUCUGGAUCGAUCGAUGUCAAGGAGCUCAGCACCCUGAUGACGGUUGCGGGAAUCGGGGGGACGGCCUCCGAGGCUUUGUAUGGCGCAAACAUCCUGAACCCUAUCGAUGACGAGUUUGACGGUGUCCCGACGAUGGACUGCACAGAGUUCUGCCUUUUCAUGAAGGAGAAGCUCGGCGAGGACGCGGGAAAGGUGGCGAAGCAGAUGAAGGAUAUGUUGGCUUUGCGUGCGCUGUUCGAGACGGGGAUAGGGUCGCAAGAUGCCUUCAGGGCAAGCGACGCGGACGGCGAUGGCUCCCUAGACGUGGCUGAGCUCUCGAAGCUCAUGGCGGCGGCAGGGAUCGGAGGAUCGGCGUCCGACGCCCUCUACGACGCCAACAUCAACGACGUGUUUAGCCAUGACUUCACCGACGUCGCGAAGAUGGAUUACACCGAAUUCUUGCUCUUCAUGAAAGACAAGCUCGGCGACACUGCGGGAUACGCGGCGGCCCAGAUGAAGGAGAUGACCGCACUGAAGAGUCUCUUCGAUGCGUGCGACAAAGACAAGUCUGGCUCGCUGGAUGUCGAGGAGCUCAAGGUCCUAAUCAAGGAGGCCAAGGUGUCCGCCACGGCGGAGGACGCACUCUACGAAUACAACAUCCUCGACGUGUUUGAGAACAGCUGGGACAGCGAGGAGACGGAAAUGACUAAGAUGGACUACACUGAGUUCUGCCUCUUUGUGAAGGACAAGAUUGGCACAGGGACGACGAAACAGACCGAGGCGCUCACGAAGCUGGUCACCACCAUGAAGGCAGCGUCGGCAGCCUGA